GGAAUACAAAGCUUGUUAUAUAGAAAUAGGCAGAUGUUAUCGCAUAUAAUGUAAGCCCUGUAAGUGUAUUUGUUAAUUCUCAGCAGGAUGGCGACUAGCGAGGGUCCUAGUUCACCAAAAGCAAAACGCAGAAAACUCCCGUCAAAUGUAGCUAAUUCUAGUGCCCCAGUGGGACAGACUGCUAAUGCCUCGCCGGAUAACCCAUCUUACGCGAAGAGUUAUCUACGAGUGAGUAAAGCCAAUGUUUACAUGAUCAUAGCGCUAUGUGUUGAAGAUUUUGUCGAUGAUCCUCCUGAGCCCUGCAAGAAAGUCGGUGCGGUGCUCGUGUUACCAAACGACGUGGUUUGCGCCGCAGAUUGUUCUCGAGAUGGCGUCCACGCUGUAGCCAGGUUGUUGAUGAAGCACUACGAUAAGGCCAAAGGUUCGAAGAUGUUCAUGUCUCGAAAGCCGUGCCCGAUGUGUGCAAAGCUGUUGGUUCAAUCGAAAGUGGAACGAGUCUUGUUUCUGCCGUUUGAACCGGAAUACUAUCGUUCCCCCAAACCGCUUGAACCAGAUGCGGACGAGAAGACUAGCGAGGAAAUCAAUAAAAUCAAUGAUGAAAUAAAUGAAUCCAACAAUACCCAAAUGAAACAAGUCGAUAACCUGUUCACCGCAAGCGCUAUUGCCCAGACAAGGUUCGUUUUGCAAGUCGAGAAGCCGGUUCUUGAAGAUGCGGAACAGAAAACACCAUCAAAGGAUACAAGGAACCAGAUUGCCGAAGAAACACGUAGAUUGAUAAAAAAAUAUGGUUUUGAAAGAAACCCCAAUUGGAUGGAGUGUAUUAAGGACGAACUACCGUGGCCAGCAUUCGACAAUGAGAUAAAAGCGGAAGUUCUAGAAUACUUUGACAACGCUAUGAAGUGGAUGGCAAGAGCUAACGUUUUGCAAGGCCGUGGGUUGAAUUACGAGUUUGAGCCCUGCAGUGAGAAGUCAAAGAAUUCCGAUGCCUUUAAUCCAGUGAAUAACCCCACCCAUGCGAUUCAAGCCCGUCAUUUCAUGUCGAUAGCGAGAUUUUUGGCCGAACGCACAGACGACCCCAAAGCCGGAGUUGGUGCAGUAAUUGUAAGUCCAGAAAUGGAAAUAAUUUCGCUUGGUUGGAAUGGCUUUCCUCUCAAAGCACUUUAUGGCGAGUUUCCAAGAGCUUCAAAAGAUGAUAAAUCUAUUGUUGAUAAGAAAUACCCGUAUGUAAUCCAUGCUGAGCAGAAUGCCCUCUUGUUUCGAAAUAACAAAAAUAUCAAAGGCACGAUUUUGUUUGUUACAAAAUCUCCGUGCAAUGAAUGCGCUCCUUUGAUUGCCAUGCAAGGUAUUGAAACCGUUGUCGUCGACGAUGAUGUCUUAUCGCGUGAUGAUGCAGCCCAAAAGAGCGGCUUGGGGUAUAAGAAGUUUCCUGAUAUGAUCAAAAGUGGCAAGUUCGUUUGCUUUCAAACAAAAGAGCCGCGAGCAGAUCCAGAUCCUAGCAAAGCCAGCAGAGCACUGCAGUUCGAUGAUGAAAAACAGGUCGUAGCAUAAACUCUGAACAAAUUGACACUUCCGAUUCUUGUAGAGUUAUAUUAAUUCUUGACAUGUUACAUUUAAGUUACGAAUACUGCAGUAAGAAUUACAAUAACACAAUAGGAUGUCAACAAAACUUGACAACAAGGUUGUGGAAUAGCCAGUAACCCAAAACAUAAAUUAAAUGUCUUUAUAAAUUAAAUGCUGUUACCAUGUCGAUGGAUAAUAAAAUAAAUAGAUAGGAAACUAGCUGACGUGGCCUAAUGUUUUCAAUGGGCUGAUGGCGUGAUUGGACGUUGAAACCUAGUUGCAAACCAAAUUCUCAAAAACGGUAUAUUUAGCAAUAAUACAGCUAAACAUUUCAGUCAAAGAGCAAAUAAGUAUAACUACGCCAUUCUACGAUGAAAUCUCUACGUAUUCCCAGUCAAUUUUAGCAAAUAUUUCAAACACUAAACAGUGAAAAAUGCAUCGCAAAUUUCGUUAAAAUUGGCGACGCCAAUUUCGUAGCUACAAAUUUAAAAAAAAUACAAAACAAAGACGAAAAACAUUUACCUUGAAUACUUUGUCG